CAUCACAAUAAAGAACACUGAGGAAUUGAUUUCAAAGUUCUCAAUGAUAAUACUACCUAUUUAAGAUGGCCCCUUAUAACAUGAUAUAAAUGGAGCAUUAUAUGUUAUAGAAAUCGCAGAUAUAAGUAGGAUCGUGUCGAAGAAGUUAAUUAAAGUGAAAUCAUGGUAGCUAUGAAGGGUUCACUUGCAACGCAGAAAGAGUGGAGGAAAGGCCCUUGGAUUGGUGAAGAGGAUAAGUUGCUAUGUGAGUAUGUUAGCUUGCAUGGAGAAGGUAGGUGGAGUUCGGUGGCAAAGCUUACAGGAUUAAACAGGAGCGGCAAAAGCUGCAGGUUAAGAUGGGUAAAUUAUUUGAGACCCGGCCUCAAGAAAGCUCAAUUAACACCUCGGGAAGAAGAGAUGAUUAUUGAACUGCAUGCAAUCUUGGGUAACAAGUGGUCUACAAUCGCAAAGUACUUGCCAGGUAGAACUGAUAACGAAAUUAAGAACUACUGGAGAACCCACUCUGGGAAGAGGGAGAGAUCCAAACACAACAAGAAGCUACAAAGGCCAAAAGUGAAAAACGUGCUUAAACAAUUGAAACAAAAACAACAACAUGAGCAACAACCUCAAGAAUAUGAUAUCAAAAGCAGCAUGUCUCAUGAAGAGACCGAAAACGAAACAAAAUCCUUCCACACACAAAAUAAUAAUCAGCAAGAAAUCUUAGAAAUGGGCUUCAUGUAUCCAACAACAAUAGAGCACCAAUAUACCGUUCCUUCCAUGCAUGACGGAUUCUCGUCCACGUGGCAAGACACUCUAGCGGAUGAUGGCUCAUGGUUUAGUUUAUGGGACUUUGAUGAACCACAAGGUUUUUCUGAUUAUGUUGACCAGUUUGGCAAAUGUGCCAUGCCAAAUCAAACUUCCUUUGGAGCUGGAGGGGAUUAUUCCAUGCAAAAUCAUGUUAAAACUUCUUGUUUUGUUGAUACAUAUGAUAGCCUCUUCUAUGGAAAAGACAUGUUUGUAUGAACUUUCGUAUGUUUGGCUUUGCAUGCAGCUAGUUGAAUAUACUUAUAUGCAUGUUUUUACUAGGCUUUCCUGUGAUUGGCAUAAAUUAACUUGUAUUAAUAAACAAAAUAUUAUUUUUA